CUUUUCGGGCCUCGCUUGCCUCGCGUACAGAGGUGCGUUCGCAGACAAGUGCAUCCACAGAUCGACGCCUUUCAUCCGGUGUGCGUUUGUCUUGCGUGUGCUCUGUUGAUGCAGAUUGCGCUGAGGCGGGUGGUUCGGCCUGCCUUGCAGGCGGGAUGUGUGCUAUCCCUCGGAGAUCUCAUUGCCCAGGCGGUGGAGAUCUCCACAGAGGGAGCCUCUGAUGCGUCGGCGUCGUCUCGCCUGCUCGUGCCGGACAGCUAUGACGUGCAUCGAACGGGGCGCUUUGCUCUUGUCGGGCUGACGUGCCACGGUAUGCAUGUGAGACCGAGAUCAACCCACACAAGCACAAAUAUAGGCUGGUCUGGUCUGUCGUGUCGGUGUGUGGUUUGUCUGUGUGUGUGCAGGACCAUGGUUCUACUUUGCUUUCGGCUUGCUCGACCGACUGAUGGGCCCUGGGAGCACACUCGCCACGGUGCUCGGCAAAGUGGUAGUCACCCAGAUCGCCAUCUUCCCGUAAGCACACAUACACGAGAUCACACUCGAUGCAAUCUCAAGUGUUUGUCCGCAUGCUCUGUGUGCACGUGUGUGUUGUGCCCACAACAGGCCCUACCUUGCUGCUCUCUUCGCCUACCUCGGUGUGCUGGAGGGCUCCGUCCACUCGCUUGACGACGCCGUCCGAGUGAUAUCCACCAAGUGGCCUGGGGCCUAUGCAGCUGGGUGCGUCUUCUGGCCUAUCGCCAACAUCGUCAACUUCAGCGUCGUGCCGUCACCUGGCCGAGUGCUGUAUGUGGCCAGCACGGGCGUGUUGUGGAACACUUACCUGUCGUGGUACAACCAGCGAGCUAGGAGGAAGGAGAGAGAGGGGGAGAGAGGGAAUGGCUGAGUGAGAGAGAAAGAGCGGCUUUCUACUUGCCCACGUGUGUGUUCGGGGCUGUGUUGAUUUUGAGCGUGCCCGUG